UAUGAUACCAUGGGAUCUCACUCUGAACACGGGUAUGUUCAGAGUGACAUCCCCACCCUCCCCAACAGCUAGUCAACUUGUGCAUGUGUCUUUUUAAAAGGGUAUAAGGAGUGAGACCUGCUCUUCUCUGGGUGGCGAGCACAUGGAUUGGACCUUGUUCCUAAUAGUCUGUCUUUAGUUAGGAACAAAGUAAAAACAAGCAACUCAUUUUUAACCAUUUCAAGUGAGACAUAACAGUGACAUGAAGCGGAGUUGGGUGCUUUUAGUGGUUCUGCUAUGUUUUGCUUAUCUGUGUUGGAGUGAAAAGGGCCUGGAGUUCCCUGAAUAUGAUGGGAAGGACCGUGUUCAUCAACUGACCAGCAAGAACUACAAGUCUGUAAUGAAGAAAUAUGAUGUCAUGGUGAUCUACUACCACAAACCUGUUGGUGAGGACCGCAUGUCCAGAAAGCAAUUUGAAGUGGAGGAACUUGCUUUGGAGUUGUUAACAAGCCCUGCUGCCUUGACCUACCAGCUUGCUGCCCAGGUGCUUGAUGAUUUUGAGGAUGAGGACGUUGGAUUCGGCCUGGUGGAUUCAAAGAAAGACAGAGCGGUUGCUAAGAAGCUGGGCCUGCUGGAGGUGGACAGCAUCUAUAUCUUUGCCGAUGAUGAGAUCAUUGAGUACGAUGGCGAGUUGGCAGCUGACACGCUGCUGGAAUUCCUCUAUGAUGUGAUUGAGGAACCAGUGGAGAUCAUCAGUAAUGACAGAGAGCUCAAGGGCUUUCAUAACAUCGAGGAGGACAUUAAACUCAUGGGCUACUUCAAGAGUGAGAAAUCUUCACACUUCAUUGAGUAUGAUGACGCAGCUGAGGAAUUUCAUCCCUUCAUCAAGUUCUUUGCCACCUUUGAGCCAAAAAUCGCUAAGAAAUUAAACCUGCAGAUGAACGAAGUGGAUUUCUAUGAACCCUUCAUGAGCAAACCUGUCACCAUCCCUGGCAAACCCUACAUGGAGGAGGACAUCAUUAGCUACAUUGAGGAACACGACAGACCAACUCUAAGAAAAUUGGAGCCCCACAGCAUGUAUGAGAUCUGGGAAGAUGAUAUUAAUGGACAGCACAUUGUUGCUUUUGCUGAGGAGUCUGACCCUGACGGUUAUGAGUUCCUGGAGAUCCUGAAGGAAGUGGCUCAAGAAAACACAGAGAACCCAGAUUUAAGCAUCAUCUGGAUUGAUCCUGACGACUUUCCACUGAUGGUGCCAUACUGGGAGAAGACCUUUGGCAUUGACCUCUCCUCCCCUCAGAUUGGUGUGGUGGACGUUGAGGAUGCUGAUAGUGUGUGGAUGGAGAUGGAUGAUGAUGAGGACAUGCCCACCGCUGACGAGCUUGACACCUGGAUCGAAGAUGUGAUGACUGGCAAAAUCAACCCUAAUGAUGAAAAUGACUAUGACGAUGACGAUGAGGAUGAGGAUGACGAUGAUGGUGAAGAUGAGGAAGAGGAUGACGAUGACGAUGAUGAGGAUGAUGACGACAAUGAUGAUGAGGAUGAAUAAAUUCUUACCUUCAUCUCAGGCAUCACUUCGCUGUCAUACGUGUGUGUUUGUGACAUUAAGAACUCAUCAGUCUCCAAAUAUUCAACCAUUGCAAACUGAGCUGUUCUGUCAUGCGGUCUGGAGGACUUGAGAAACAUUUUGUCUUGUCUUGUCGUUGAACUACUCUGCACCAAUAUAAUCAUUCUUCAGAAAAAUAAACAUCAUAUUCAAGGAUCACUGCAUCUGUUUUACUCCCCAUGUAACAUCUAAUAAGAAUGCAUGUGUGCUAAAGAAGCAGGUGUUUGUUAAACAGUGGAAAAGCCUUGUAAUUAUUUUGAUCUCUUUUUUUUAUUGACUUUUAAGAGAAGUCUUAACCUUCCAUCAUCUGGAAUGCCGCAAAUAAAAUUAAAGGGGGAAAAAAAAAUGUUUCCCUUGUUUUUGUCCAAUGUAAAUGCAAUGAGAAGAUAAAGAAAGAAAUUGUCAUUGAUUAAGAAUCUUUGUGCGUGUGUGUGUGUGUGUGUAUUUACUCAAGAUUGCAUGUGCAGUUUCACUUCAUUUGUAGAGUGGAAUCAUCAGUUUCUCACAACAGAAAGCAAAUACAGAAACACUGCAUUAUUUAACUGCUAAGUUCCAAUAUAUACAACUGAAUCUAACACAUUAAGAACAUAACAUUUUAAAAUGUAUAUAUAUUGUUUCCAAGCCUAUACAGUACAUAUUAUUGUACUUUAUAAACUUUGUUAAUCUUAUAUAUUUUCAUAUGUAAAAUUAGCAUGCAUGUUAAAAUCUAUAAUAAUUAAAAUAAUUUAAAUGACUAAAUAAUUAAUUGGGCAAAAUAUUGGGCAAAUAUAUAUAUAUAUAUAUAUAUAUAUAUGUUUGGGUUUAUUACCCAACGUAUGUUCUUCCUGCACAUUUACACAUAUUUUUUAUGCACAUUGAUAGAAUUACAAUAUACUGUAGAAUUAAACAGAAACAUUUCCCAGGCUCAUUCAAUGUAUGUUUUCCUUUGAUAUCUACAUAUGAAAGAAACACAUGUAUGUUAAACAUAUUUAACACACACACACAUAAAACCAUAAAUGAAAUCUGUACUUUUAUGUAUUCAUUUACCAUAGACCUAUUAAAAUCUCCUGUGUAAGUUGUGUAUGCAUAUGUACAUACUGCAUAUUGUAUACAUAUAUUUGUUCAUGUAUACGUAUAUAUCCCCACAAUAUGAUGCCACAUCCUUCACCAGGACACAUUCACCUCACAUGAUGAACAUCAGUAUAAGUUGCUGUUUGUUUUAAUUUACCUAAAGCAAACACACAUGACAUAAUGAUAAUUAUUUAUAUCGAAACAUGUUCCCAAAUCCUGUUCAAACAUACAGUGCGUAUAUAUAAAGUAAUUACCUUCAUUUAAGAUGUAUGCAUUGAUAUUGAUUUCUGUGUGCUUAGUCAAAUUAUCCAUCAAAUGUAACUUUGUUUCGUAGUCAACAAAAUGAAGGACCCUGUAUUGUGCAGCGAACAUUGAGACUCUGCAGACCUAUUUAUUCAUUUUAACAAAUAAAAUGGUCAGGAAAAAAAAAAAAA